AUGCCAAAUCAACACGGGAUCAGUAUGUUACCGAAGCUAACAACCAAGUCUCUGUCACUGUCUGAACGAGCGUUGAUUACUGAUGUACUAUAUGGGUAUCCCGAUCCAUUUCUUGACAGGGAUUUUGCGCCAUCGAACGAUUAUCCAAUUGGUUUUCGAUUUAACAGACACGGGCUAGAACGAGUGCUGAAAGCCUUUGGUGUGACAAAGCUAAUUCGAACGUGUGGUGCGCGAAUACCCACUGGAAAAUACUACGAUUUCGAUGAUUCCAUUUGUUUUACUUUCGCUACCGGAGCUCCACGAGCUGAAGAAACCGAUCGCAGUAAGCUUUUACUGCAUCGAUCAGCUUCCAUUUUAGAAUACAUCUGCUUCAUACAACUUUGUUUUGCAAGAAUUUAUCCUGAAAUCAUGUUUUAUAAGGACUUGAGUUAA